AUGUAUCGGAGAGUCGGCAAAUUUAGUAAACUUUUCAAUGAUUUGAAAACCCAGAUUUUGGAGGAAUCCAAGAACGCUGACCUGAGGAUAAUGAAACAAAUUGAGGAAUAUAUGAGUCCUUUAAUGAAUAAAGAAAGCAAUAAGGAAAUUCAAACUGGUGAUAUCACAAACUUGACAAAAAACUUCGAUUUGUUGCAGGUUAGCAAAGAAGUAGAUAAUUCCAAGGAUUAG